GCCAAUACCAUGUAUUACCACCAUGGUAUCUUACAAAAACUCCCAUUAUGCAGGCUGAGAAUGCAAUCAAACUGCUUGCAGCAUCAAUGAAGGCAAUGAUGAAAGCAAUCAAAGACCAGUACAAAAGCCAAAUUGACAAUCUGAUCAGACACAAGGAGAAUCUUGCGAAAGAAAGCUGUAAUGAAAAUGUUCAGCCAACAGAAGGAGAAAAAUUUCAGUGUGAAGAUGAUGAAGAAGAGAAUGAUGAAGAAAUGAAUGCCAGUUUGAAUAAAACACUCAAUGAAAUAUUCAAACAGGCAAAUAUAGACCAGAACAAAGAGGAGAAGGAGAAGCAAACACAGAAAGAAGAUGAUUCACAACCAUCUACAGUCGAUCUUGCUGCAUCUACACCGAAGCCAAAAGAAAAGGAGCAAGAUGUUUCUGAUCCAGGAGCUGUGAAUAGGGAAAGCAUCCCAAAAGAAGGAGGUCCACUGGGGGAAGUUGCAACAGAACCACCAGAACAAUCUGUUCAAGAAGGUCUGAAUCAGGGAACACCACAACAAGAGGACACCCCGAAAGCAGUUCCAGAACAGACAUCUGCAAAAGAAACAGGAGAAAAAGGAGCUACCAAAACAGCAGAUCCAAUGGAAGUUGAUAAGGAAACAACAGAAGAAGGGAAUACAGGGCAAGCUGCGCAAAAGACUCCAGAAACUGACAGCGAGAAAACGGUGUCAGAUGAUGUUGUUCGAGAAGAGGCUCCAAAACUGACAACCAAAGAUGCUGAGAAGCCUAAAGUGACAAGGGAAGACGACAUUCCAUCCUUUGAUCUCAGCCCUCUCAACCGUCAAACACCAACAACACCAACGAAGUUGACUACCAACACGGCAACCGAUCAACCAGGAGAGCCUCGCAAAAGAAGAAUCGUGGUGAAGAAUUUGAAUGUAUAUGAAAAGAAGGCAAGAACAACACCACCACCAGCACACCCACAAAGCACCCAGUCACAGACGGCGUCAUAUGCUAUAUGGUCAAAUCUGUACACAAACAGCCAAGAGAAGCUCAAGGAAGUCCGUGAAUGCAUAGAUGCUUACCUUGAGGACCUGAAUUCUCCAACUGUUGAUCCAGUUGCUCCACAAUCACAAAAAACACCAGCUGAAUGGUCAACACCAACACAAACAACACCUGAUGAUAUGUUCACCAACAUCUUGGAGUACAUAAGAUGCAAGAACAAGAAAUUUGUCAAGAGGUAAGUCAUCAUCUUAAAAUUUCUACUGUUAUAUGAUUUUACUGUAGUGAUCUAGUUUGUUACCACAUGGUAAAAUGUGAUAAAAUAUGGUAAAAUUAGAUAAAUCUAUGGUUUAAUGUUACAAAAUGUAGUAAUGCACAAGUCCUGUUUUGUUACAAAAUUAGAUAACUCCUGUUCUAUUUUACUUAUUACCAUAUGGUAAGAUGUGGUAAGCUAUGGUUUUGUUAUGGUAACCUAUUGUUUGAUGUCAUAAAUUAAAGUAAACCAUCCGUCCUGUUGUGAUGUGCUUUUAUACAGUGAUGAGAUAAUGUUUAAAAGGAAGGAUGGAACAUUCUUGCUGAAAAGGGAGUCAGUACAGUUGAUUGACAUUGGCUGUGAAAUCACAACUGAUGUCGUCGACUGGUAUGGAGAUGUAAUGAACAGGAAUGAAGCAAAAAAAGGAAAAUUCAAAAGGUGGUUCUUCGAUACAUCUUUGGCAGUAAGUAAACCCACCCAUAUUCUGUCAAUAGUUCUUAGACAACACAUAUAUAAAAUACAUAAUAACAACCACAACCUUUCAGGGUGACUGCCAACUGGACAUUGAUAGCGGCAAUCCUGUACUAUCUCCAGACGAUUACUACAACAAAGUGGACUUGGACAUCACCAACAAAGAAUGGGCAAAAAACCUCAGCUUCACAGAAUGUAACCUUGUAAGUAUCUCACCACAAUUUUUGCAGUGGUUACCAUAUGGUAUAUAGUGGUAAAAUUAGUUUGCAAUGGUUCUUAACUUACUGUUCAUCACUUAUAUGGCAACUGCUUACCAUAUGGUAUACUGUGGUAAAAUUAUUUUGCAGUGGUUCUUCCCUUACUGUAAUAACAAGCACUACAUCAUGAUUUGUGUCAACAUCAAAGCAGAGAGAUUUGAAGUACUCGACAGUCUCCGUCACAAAGAUUUUAAUGAACACUACAAACCAAUGGCAGAGAGGGUUGUCCAGUACGCAAUCAACUACAUGAAGACACAGUUUGCAGACAAGACAGUAAGGUGGGAGAGGUUUACCUGGUUCAACCUCGAGAAGGUUACACAACCAGAUCAAAUUUCAUGUGGGAUGUACAUCAUCAGGUGGAUGAGACACUGGGAAGGUAAGUACAACAGUGCUCUGACCAAAGAUUGGAAGAGGAUUGAUCUCAUAAAUGAAGAAAGGGAGUGCCUGAUGUUGGACAUCAUUCUUGAUGAAGAAAAUCUUGAACGGGAAAGAAUCAUGAAAGAAGCAACAAAGUACUGCAACAUGAAGAACAAGAAAAAAGAGUUGAAAGGAAGGAGAUGAAAAUUCUAUUAUCGUUUGUGUUAAGUAGUAGGAGGGUAUAAGUAAGCUUUUGAGAACAAACUCACAAUGUUCAG